UUUAUUAAAGGCUUUUCCGCUUCCCCACACUGUCAACAUUUGCAGCGAUGUCGGAGCCGGAGUCUCUGCGGGGCUCCAGUGCCAGAAACCGUGGAGGAGUACAGAGGGUGGAAGGAAAACUGAGAGCCAGCGUAGAAAAGGGGGAUUACUAUGAAGCACACCAGAUGUACAGGACUUUAUUUUUUAGGUACAUGUCACAGGCAAAACAUGCUGAGGCCAGGGAGCUGAUGUACAAUGGAGCUCUACUCUUCUUCAGCCAUAACCAGCAAAACAGCGCAGCAGACCUCUCCAUGCUGGUGCUCGAGGUGUUUGAGAAAUCUGAGGUAAAAGUUGAAGAUGAACUAUUAGAAUGCCUGGCGAAGCUGUUCAGCCGGAUGGAGCCGAACUCUCCGGAGAGGGUAGCGUUUGUGUCCAGAGCCUUGAAAUGGUCCACAGGAGGGCCCGGCAAACUGGGACACCCAAAACUACACCAGCUGCUGGCUGUCACCCUGUGGAAAGAACAAAACUACAGUGAGUCUCGUUACCACUUCCUGCACUCGACUGACGGUGAGGGCUGCGCACAGAUGCUGGUCGAGUAUUCAGCGUCACGAGGCUUCCGCAGCGAGGUCGACAUGUUUGUGGCGCAGGCCGUCCUACAGUUCCUCUGCUUAAAGAACAAAAGUGGUGCUUCCGUGGUGUUCAGCACAUACACAGAGAAACACCCGUCCAUAGAGAAGGGCCCUCCCUUCGUCCAGCCCCUACUAAACUUUAUCUGGUUUCUGCUGCUGGCAGUGGAUGGGGGUAAAUUAACAGUUUUCACAGUGUUAUGUGAGCAAUAUCAACCUUCCCUGAAGAGGGACCCCAUGUAUAAUGAGUAUCUCGACAGAAUAGGACAGGUUUUCUUUGGCGUUCCUCCCAAACAGUCCCCAUCAUACGGAGGACUGCUAGGAAACCUGCUGAACAGCCUGAUGGGGUCGGGGGAGGAGGAGGACGGAGCGGAGGAGGCGCAGGAGGACAGCAGCCCCAUCGAGCUGGACUGAUCCUGCACCCAUACAAAGAGAACAAACGAACACACACACACACACACACACACACACAGAAAGAGGAACGCCGCCUCCUUCCUUCACCUCUACCUCGAGGGCGCCGGUUUCCAGAGGCGGGCUGAUUCCAAAAAAAAACCUCCCCCCCCCCCCCCCCCCCCCCCAUCCAGUCUUAAAACCAGACGGACUGCGCCAAACUGCAAACUCUUCCCCUGCUCAAUUAUUCUAAGAUUAUAUUAUUUAACCAUUAAUUUUGUUGUUGGUUUGGGACUGUGUGUUUAGGGUGUUUUGAUUUUUAAUGAUAACAAACUUCCCGUUUCUCCGGGGAGAUGGGAAUGACCCGAGGAGAUAAUUAUAAAAGGGUUUAGUAAACUCACUACAGUUCUUAUUCAACACAGCUCGGUGUUGCUGCCGUCUUUCAGCACCUUUUGUUCCGUUAAAACGUUUAGUAGUUUAUACUCAAUGUAGUCAAUACCAUCUUUGUUUCACAUCUUUUUGCAACCAUGGACACAACAACGCUAUUGUAAGAGGUCAUCUUCCAAAACAAACACUUUCUGCUCUUCUUAUACUAUUUGUAUUUAAGUGAGUAACUGCAAGCAUACAGCUGUUUAGCUCCCUCUUCUCACUGCACUCGCUGACCUGCGAGAGGAAUCAUGUGGAAACAAAUCUAACUGUCUUUUAUUUUUGAAUGAAAAACUGUCUGAGGCACUGAGUGUGUGUUUGGCUCUCUGUCUACAUGUCGCUGUGAAAAAUAAAAAGCUGGGGUUACCUAC